GUCACAGUUCAACGCCACCACGCAUAAUGAGUCUCAAGAUUAGCGCCAAGACUGCUGAGGCACAGGCCAGAGCUGGACUUAACUCGACUGAGUGGAAGCGGUUCCUGGCCGUCACAAAGCAAGAAGCGGAAAGACUUGCCACAGAUCAUCCGGAAUGGACUCGUUGGACUCAGGUUUAUGCAGACACCCAAGCGGAUAUCCAAGAGCGUGUGGUUAAACAGCUGCUGGAGGAGAAGAUACAUAAAAUAGAUGUUGACGUCGUUGACUGGCGCAUGACACAAGUCGUGCGGAAGGUCCAUUUGGCAAGAACUCCAUCGCACAAGGAAGCAAGCAAGCCAACCGAUCGACCCCACGAGCAGCAGCCCCCAACUGAGCAGCCAUUAGCUCCAACCAAGCCAACCGAUCGACCCCACGAGCAGCAGCCCCUGGAUGAGCAGUCUAUGACUUCAAUCAAGCCAACCGAUCGACCCCACGAGCAGCAGCCUCUGGCUGAGCAGCCACUAGCUUCAAGCAAGCCAUAUGAUCCCGUAAGAGAAAGUGCCGUGCAGAAUGGAUAAAUAGCCUAUGUAGACCCCUAAAAGAGGCUAGCGGUAGAUUAGCAAGGGGGAUGUGGCUGUCUAAAGAUUGUUUUAAAUGCCCUAAGUAGUUCGGAAUAACGCUUAUGCCGCUCUAGCAGCAGCCUCGCUUU